GUGCUUCCGGGACUGGGGCGAGGCUAGCCGCCCGUAAGGGGGCGCGGCCCGCCUCUCCUGUGUGAUGAUUGGUGACGGGGGAGGCGCAUGCGCAGGGGGAGCCGUGACUGGGCUGUGGUGGCGGCAGCAGCGCUCGAGAUGGCUGAGGUAGAAGAAACACUGAAGCGAAUUCAGAGUCAAAAGGGAGUGCAAGGAAUAAUUGUUGUUAAUUCUGAAGGUAUUCCUAUCAAAAGCACUAUGGACAACUCCACAACGAUUCAGUAUGCGGGCCUAAUGCACAGUUUCAUCAUGAAGGCAAGGAGCACUGUGCGAGACAUUGAUCCCCAGAAUGACCUCACAUUCCUGCGGAUCCGCUCCAAGAAAAACGAAAUAAUGGUUGCACCAGGUAAAAACAGAGAAGAGAAGUGUUGUGGUUGAAUAAGGCCAUAGAGGCUGCCUGUUGGAGCUCUCAUACUAACACAGUUCACAGCCAGCAUGAUCUGGUAUCUUGCCUCGGUAAUUUUUCAAGUGUUGGCCAUUAAGUACAAAAAAGGUCAUCUGGUUUCUCCAAAAUAAUAAAAGGGGUUAUUUUCUAGCCUUGAAAGUGUCUUGUAAUUGCAUGCAGAACUUAAGAAUGUGUGCCAAAUAUCUGCAUAGAAAUUAAUAAUUACUUCUACAGUUUUAGUAAUUAGCAAAAAAGUUGAAAACUUCCUCCAUGUAAAUUAAAUUACAUGAACAUUAUGUGCCUCUUUGCAUAUGUGACCCCCUCCUCUAAAGCUUUUUUUGUUGUUUACUUACUGCCUUAGUAAACCUAUAUGGUGAACUCAUUCCUUCUGGGUAGGAAUUCUUGCUCGGGUACUAGGUAAGCAGCAGUACCCCUGUGUGGGCUUGUCUGAGUGGUGCUGGUUACAAGACAAAAUUCUUCUGUCACUCCUCCCAUGGGGUAUGAGAGGAAGCCCAUCCUUCCUAUUCCAUUCCUUCAGCACUCCAUGAAGACCUCUUGCUUUUUGUUGCUCCUGGGAUAAUAUUAGAGGAAAGUCUAUGUCACGGUGUAUUACCGACGUAUGAAAUUGCCAUUCAGAUAGUGUUUAGCAAGAUGCAGAAAUGGCCUGUGAAUAUACUGUUACUGAUCUUCAUGGCUAUCACAAUGUGCUAGGAAUUGCCUGGGUUCCAUAUGAGCAGAGCUGCUGUCCAAAGGAAUUCAUGGAUAGAGGAAAUCAAACUUACUUGUGUUCUUUAAAGUUGCUGAUGCAUUUUGUGACAGAGAAAAUAUAGUUUUAAACUGUGUAUUAUUAUCCUGCUAUUUUCUUGUUCCUCUUUGACACAACAGGUCAAAAUUUCACGCCAGACAUUCCUGAAUCCUGCAGUGGUGCUAACUAAGCUCCAGGAGAAGCUUUCUUCCCCUCCCCAAAUACAAACAUAACCCUGGCUUGUACUGGAUGUCUUAGUGAUGCAACGCACAUAAUAGCUCAGAUUCAAAAAAGAUGCAUAUUGUUUUUUUCCACUCGAUUUUUUUUUUUCACUUCGUACACGCAUAGCUCAAUACUAGGAACUGCUUCAGGAGGGAGCCGUGCUCUGACAGCCUAGUUCCCUUUCCAGUCUGGUUUGUUCCACGGAAAAGGGAGGGGGCUGCAGUCAGCUGCUGUGUCUUGUAGGUAGUAUAGCUGCCAGCUUGUGCUUUAGCCUUCUCAUGCGUCUGGCCUCAAACUGUACUUGUGGUGGAAGUGCUCUACCAGCAUGAAGAGGAGUUUCUCCCAAAGUGCACCUGAGCAAAGAGAUGGUGGAUGCACAUGAAACAUGCCGUACAAUAAAAGAGAAAAGCUUGACUGCAAUUUCACUAGGGAUGCUGUUACUUGUGCCUGCCAUCAAUCACUCCUGAUUGAUGCAUCUGUUAGCAAAAGUGUGUAACCUGGAUUUAGCCCUGUUCUCUCAAAAUUACAUGCAGUAGUAGGAGCAAGUGAUACUGUCCAAUUCUGCACCUAGGAACAGACUAAGAACUUCUUAAGGAUGAUCUCAGCAGGUCAGGGUGAUGAAGGGAUAUUCCAGGCAAUCAGCUGCAGUGCAGUUUUGAAGUCUCUGGUACAAAUGUUGAAGUGUUGGACACUUGUUGGAUUUCCAGAUCACAAAGCAAGGGGGUGCAUGUAUGGUGACUCAGAUCUCCAAGACUGUCUGUAUCUUCAUGGUGUAUUUGUUUUGUGAACAUUAAUCCUUUUUUUUUUUUUUUUUGAUAGUGUUUAUGACCAGGAAGGCCAUUAACAUUUUUUAGAAGAUAAGUGGAAUUCUGUCUUGCAGAGCAUGACUCCAGACCCUAUAUAUAUAAUUGUAUCUGGUGUAGUUCCUAAUAUUCAGCAGCUUAUAUAGUGCAUAUGAUCUGUUGUAAUUUAUUUUAAUUUACUAUUGCCUCCAUAAAAUGAUCUUCUGCAA